GUAUAUCUCAACAUUGUCAAAUCCAAGGCUCUUAAGAUACUCAAUCACAUGGUGACUAGAUGAGGUGGAAUGCCGAAGCCAGAAAAGCCUUAGAGAGGUCUUCAAGUCUGAGUAAGGAAUACUUUCACUGAAGUUUUCAAAUCUAUAUACCCCUCUCUUACUCCAGUAACUUCCAGAUACGCCUUCUCAUUUUUCCAAAAUGAUAGCUUGAAUGGAAGUCCUCAUCAGUGGUUUAAUGAAAUCAUACUUUUCUUUGUAACCUCAUAUGCACUCUGAGAGCUUGAUUGCCUUAACAUGUUUGUAUGCCUCAAAGAAGUUGACCAAGCAAUACUCAUUAAUUAUCGGUUUCUUCUCUGGAUCAACGAAUCUUAGUUGGUUGCCAAAACAAAAACCGCAAAGUGAGACCCUUGUUUGAACUUUACUGCUAACUUCAGUGAAUCAAUUUAUGAAAGGUAUAAUAUGAACAAUAUAUUCACCAGAGCUUAAUUCUAAGCUGUUAAUCUUUGUAGGAAAUAAGCCAUUUAGAAUUGAUUAUACCAGUUUCGGGUGGUCUUCUAAGAUAUUUAAUAGCCUCACUUCAUUUAGACUAGCAAGAGUGAUUUUCUGAAGCUUCUUGGAAAGUUAAUGGCUUGAAGGGUCUCUACAAUCGAUAGAGAGCCUAUCUUCUGACCUGAAGCUAUUUUCUUCUGUUCUGAAGUUGUAACUGGUCAUAUUUUCAUGCAAGGCAGACCAGACUUGGUUAUCAAAUUCAAUAAAACCCUACGUGGCUGUAGAAUAUACCACAAAGACAGAAGAGACCAAUUAACAAAAAUCAUCAUCUCCAAAAGUGAGAAACAGGAAAACUUUUUCGACUCGAAGAUAAUUGUUUGU